UUAGUGUUCACUUCCAGUGUUCGUAAUGUUCGUACGUCUGUGAUUGAUGAUUCGGCUAAAUUCGGCUCGCAUACCUUACAUUCGUCAGUAUUCGUUAGUUCGUCACUUCCGGAGAACCAAGAGAGAGUCCAAUGGCGCUGGAAGAAAAUUUCGUACCAUAUUUAUCUCGUCAUCUCCAGCAGUCGCCAGAAUACAUAGCUGUACAAUAACGCGUAGAACCACGUAAGACGGAAGAGAAUAAUAUCAGUGCUCCACAUGCGGUCAUCCCCGAUUUGUUAAAAAUAAAGAAAAGAAAAAGUUACGAAGAAAAAGUUCGAUAAUGCAAGGUGUCAGCAUGGUCGAGCGACUUGGUUUGGGGCCCGAAGUCCGUGAGCUCAAGCUAGGGCCUAGUUUCACGAGCAAUAGUUCCAAAUUUCAUACUCUAAAAUACGACUUCAAACCCGCGAGUGUCGACGAUUCCAAGGUGGCCCGAGUCGAUGUAGGUUCAGACAAUACAAUAACGGUCACUGUGCCACAUUUAGAUGGAGCUGGCACCCCUCACACUGUGUUUAAGGGUUCUCAGAGACCUUAUAACAAGGAGUAUGUGCUAAUUUUUGAUAAGGUUACCGGAGAAAUUACAUUAGAAAAAUUAACUGCGAAUAUUCAAGUUAAGAAGACACGAGCGGAACCCAAACGUAAUAGCAAUAACAAUUCCAUGCCCGUCGAAGUUAAAAAGAGCCCCACAUAUGGCAGAGCGAACGGGAGGACCAAAGUUAUUAGUGGGAAGAAGAGAGAACCUUCGCUGCAAUUACAUCCCAAACAGAGUUCGCCACGGACAUCGCCGUACGAUAAACCAAGUCCACCUAAUACAUCUGUCAAUAACUCUUCACCUAUGCAAUCGUCGAGUGGACAACCGACCUUGGCUAGUCUGCCAAUGAUCGGAUCCGACAAUGAUGAUUUUGCAUUGUCAGCGUCAGUGAUACCUGGCUCUUCCUCUACGCAGACCGUAAUUCCUCAGUCAAUUCCAAUAUCAACUGCAAAAUCGACAACCUUAGAGAGCGAUUCCAGUUCGAGCAGUUCGAGUUCUGAUAGCUCAAGUAGCGAUUACGAAACAGAAAAUGUAAUCUCAGUGCCAACAGGGAUUAAUGGUAAUUUGAAUGGUACAACUGCCUCACCUACAUUGUUCGUAACGGACGAUAUCUUAAAUGAUGAUCUGCAAUUAUCUGAAUCAGAAUCGGAUAGUGAUUAACAGUGAUACGUUGGUAGACUUAAAAAAAAAGUGUUCCAAGGAAGUAUAAUUUUCGAAUUUUUUUUCUGUGACAUCUCUUUGUUAAUAAUAAUAUAUCGACAAUUUUACAACUUAUCAGAUUCCUUAAAAUUUUUAUAUAUACUUCGCUGUUGUAUCGUAAUUGUAAUAGGUGCAAUUAUUUUUUUACAAUUCUAAAGAAUGAAAUCCUAACUCUAUCAUUCAAAAGAAACAUAAACUAAC